GUAUACAUUUUCAAGUCCAUACUAUCUGAUAUCACAUUUAAAGAUGUAUGGUACCACGUAGCAUGUACCACAUGUGGUAAAUCAACCCACAAAAAAGGUGAUGGAUGGUUUUGUGUUUCCCAUGGGCCCAUAAAUGAACCAAAACUUUUGUAAGUACUCCCUCUCCCAUGUAAACUUUAAGUAUCUAUAAAAAACACACACACAUUACUUCUUUUUCCACAUAUAUAAAAUCUCAGCAGUACUCGUAGACAAUACAGAUACCACAACAGUUUUCAUGUCUAACGAAGCAACUCGUACUUUGUUAAAUGCAAGUGCACAAGAACUCAUUGACCGCUUUCCCAGUCAAGAUAGAAAAACUUUGCCUGAACCACUCGAACAUUGUAAAGGGUUGACAAUGAAUGUCUAUGUGGAAUGCAAAAAACUAUCAUCCACUAAUAAUAUAUGUUUCACAGUCACCACUAUCACUGACAUAAAGACUCCGCAACCAACAAUCAUAUCAACAAAAAAAACACAACCAACACCUGCAGCAACAAUGGAACAACAAACCUCAACAACUAUGGAGUCCCUCACCCCUACUAAAUCACGUGAAACCGGAAAACGCAUUCAGAUGGAACAAAGAGAUACACCAACAAAACCACGUCCCAAACGAGAGAAAUACAAAAACCAUGGAAAAGCAGAGGACGGAACACAUGCCAAACAAUAUUGAAACUAUGUGAUCUUUUCACACCGUACGUAUAGUUAACCUAUACUCUCUUUAUAUAUUUUGCUUUUCAUCCAUAUUCAAUAAAACUCUCAUAUUAUGUUAACAAACAAUAAUUUGUAAAUAUUCAAUAGAAACUAUCAUAUUAAAACAAAAAAA